CAAGAAGCAAGAGAAGGAGGGAUAAUAAAGUGGACCUCUGCUUAAGAGGAUUAGCGCAGUCGUUAGCCAGCCACAGGUCUCGUUCAUGGAUACCUGGUGAGACACAUCCUGUUGAAGAAGCACAGGGCGGACAGUGAGUGAGAAGAAACGUGGAUUCAGUCUGAGAGCGUCCUGAAUCGAUGAUACCGAGGAGUUAAAGGUGGAGGCGAAGAUGGUUUAUGCUUGUUUUUACCUGUUGGGAGCGCAUGGGAAUCUGUCACCGGGAUGGCACCGGAGAGCGGUUUCCUGAGGGAGGUUGACGGGCUGAUUCUGACAUGAAGACCCGACCUGCGGGGAUCGGCAGUGCCCACGCCGACUGGAUGGGUUCGCUGCCCCCCAAGCUCAGUGCCAUGCCUCUCAAACACCUCGCUGUGCCUGGUGAGUCUGUCGUGCGUAAAUGUUUGGCACUGUAGCCAUAGCCUAAAGAAAGCCACAAAUUUGACAGCAAGGCUUGUCAGACAGUCAUAUGAAUUUGUGAUGUUAGAAAAUACAUCUGCCUGUCAUUUUUCUCAUAAUUCUGCUUUAUAUUUCAUUUAUACAGUUUGGGUUUCCUUCUGAUUUGCUCACUUGUUAAAAUUCAUUCAUUCCAGGGUCUCAUGAUUCCUUCACUUACUGGGUGGAUGUCCAUGCUCCUGUUGGCCCAGAUCAGAAGGCAUAUGUUAAAUACCUGGCCACCAUGUUCAGCGUCUUAGCCAAGAAAGUCAUGGUGAAGUGGUCUAUGACUCAGGUAAAUAUGUCCAAACCCCCAAAUCGACACACAGACACUUUUAUUUAGUUUUCCAAGUCUGCAUUUUACAACCAAACAGAUGUUUCAGGUGUUGGGUCAAGUUGUGAUUUAUAAUGUCAUAUAAAUUAUAUUUACGUGCAGAAUCUGACGUUCAAAGAGCAGCUGGAUGCAGGUAUCCGAUACUUUGAUCUGAGGGUCUCCUCCAAACCGGGCGAGCGGGGAAAAGAGAUUUACUUCAUCCAUGGUCUGUUUGGCCACAAGGUGAGCAACAAUCAUAUUCUGACACUUAAAUAUACAUUUUGUGUCCUAAAACCAACCCCGAUUUAUCCCUUAAUGUAUUCUCCAAUAAUCAAGUUUAUAGUUUAAAGGUGAUUUUAUCCAGUUUGUGUUGUAGUUUGCUUGCUGGUGUUGUUAUUAGAGGGAUGCAGGCCGGCUUUAAGCAGCGAUCAAAGGUUGUCAGCUCAGCUGUAAACAUCUAUCUUCUGAAAUGGGUCACUGUGACAUGUCAUGUCUGUACCCUAGAGAGAUGGCGUUUUGCUCGAAGUAUUGUGUCAUGAGAUUAAAGCGUCACUUUCAUAGCAGGGAGGAACAGCUCAGAUUAAGUUUGACUUGUUUGUUUCAUGAUGCAAUGUUAAAAACUGUGACUCAUAUUUUAAAGGUCUUUUUGUUUCUGUAUAUUACCUAUGUACCUUUAAAUUUGAUGCAGUAAAUAAACUCUAAAUCUUUUACCUUGUUCACUCCCAAAGGUAAGGGACGGCUUGGUAGAAAUAAACACCUUUUUAUCCGGACACAAGAAAGAGGUGAGAGGUAUUUUGCGGGACAGAGAUUUGUUUUGUAACGAACGAGUACAUCAAACUAACAUGUGAUUUAAUUGUUUGUUCAAAUCCAGGUAGUCUUUCUAGAUUUCAACCACUACUACGCAAUGAACGCAGAUCAUCACACACACCUCAUCAACAUGCUUCAGGAAGUUUUUGGCAGCAAGCUUUGCAACCACGGUGCAGUUGAGGGCAUCACCCUGGAUUACCUGUGGGAGAAAGGAUACCAGGUAAGAGAUCAGAAUGCAGGCAUACAUUUUAGAGGUGUUUUCACAGCAAAUCUUAAACCAUCAGGCCAUUUAUCUAGUAUGUGGUCUACAUGUGAAUCAUUAAAAUGUCAUUUAACGUGUCAAAGAGCUCGAUCUGCGUGCACUAAGAGGUUAUUUUACUACAGCUUGUAAUUGUGCGCACACAUUCAUGGAGAAAUCUCUGAACUGGUCAGCACAAUUAACCCUGUAGUCAAGUAAUCCCUGUGGCCUAUGACUUCACUGGACAGGCUUUAGUGUUAAGCAUCAUCCCAUUACCAGUUUGCUUUACUUCUGACAAGGUAUUAACAUUUAUCCAAAUGUUACACUCGCCUCGUGCUUCUUUUUGUUUUUACUGUCUUUCUGUCUCAUCGUCUUCUCUUUAUCUCUGCUACUUUUUUCAAAACAUUUGAGGUUUUUUUUUUUCAAUUCCUCUCCUCACAUUGUCAUCAUUCAUUUCUUUCUUUACCCUCCAUUUACCUACAAAUACUUAUACAAUUAAGUAGCUCUGUACACACCUGCGUUAAUAGUAUAUCUGUAUGGUUUUAUUGGAUGUGCACGACUCAUUCAAGUUGAGAUCUGUCACCAUGACCCUAAUCUGUGAUUGCCUUAGUGUGAGAGCGAAUGCAGAGCAGAGGAAGUAGGUGAGCAGGGGAACUGAGGAGAGAAAAGCAGAAGAGAGAUUGGAUUUGCAAAGGGCAGCCUCACUUUGUGGUGAAGAAUAAAUAACCAAUCGUCUUGCCCUCAUGUUUUUCCCCCUUCUCCAGGUAAUUGUCUUCUACCACCAUCCAUCAGGCAAGGACAACCCUAUAAUGUGGCCAGGCAACAAAAUCCCCGCCCCCUGGGCAAACACCACUGAACCUCGCAAGCUCAUCCAGGUCAGAAAAACAACAUUGUGUGAUAAGGACUCACCGGCAUACAUGCACCUUUUGUUAUCUCCUUAAUGGAAAUCAAUACAGCUGUCUGGGGCGUGCUUAUUCCACAAGACUGAUGAUUUAAGCAAUGUCAAAUCAGUGAUUUAUAUAUUUUCUUUAACUUUAACUUUAACUAAUUCCCUACACUAGAAUCUAAAAUUAUCAUUUUCUCCUGGUUCAUUAUUAUAAACUUAUAAAAAACACCCAUCUUUGUAAUUUUUUAUUACUUCAUUUGAGCCACUUUAUUAAUAACUUAAUCCAGUUUAUUUUUUUAAUAUAUUUUGCUGUAUUUUGGGACAGAUUCAGCAAAGAUUUGUCACAAUGAGAUUGUUUGUGUUUGUUAUUCUCCUGUUUAGUUCCUGGACACCACACUGAAGGAAAGAGCAAAACAGGGAUCCUUCCAUGUAUCCCAGGCCAUCCUCACACCCAGAGUCAACACUGUGGCUAAGGGCCUGGUGUGGGGGCUGCGGAACUACCUGGUGGAGAGGUCAGUGACUACAUUUUAAGGAGAUAUAUGGUGGAAAUUAGGGCUUUACAGUGGAAAAAUAGAAUUGUGGAUUUACAUCUAUGUAUCUUUUGUGGUUUUUUGACAUCUUUUUAAUACCUUUUUAAAAAACCUUAAUUCAAGCCAUUUUCUGAAUUCUCUGGCCAGUAGAGGGCAGUGCAAUAAAAGCUUGAUGUGUCCACAAGAAAGAUUACCAGCAUACUCAGGUCCAUGCAAAAGGAAAAAGAAAAGGAAAUUACUGCUUUGCAUUCAUUGUUUAUGCCAAAUGCACUGAAACAACAGAGUAAUGCUUGGAGGAGAAUUGAUAUAUGAAUGAAAAUAAAAAAGGUUUAUAUUUAGUAAAUUUAUUUCUGUAAUUAUCUAUUUAGUAAUAAUUUAAUUCAAGUGCCAGAGUACAGUGUGUCACACAGGGCUGUCAACCUCAUAUGUCUCUACAUACAUCAUACAGCUCAAGUACCACCCUCUUCUUUGACUGAGCUGUUUGGCACUCUAAACCUAUAACUGACAAUUUCCUCCUCCACUACACCCUGGGGCUUAUCUUCCCUUUCAUCCAGCUAGUUUGAACUUUGCACUUUUGCAUCAUAAACCAUGUGCUUGCAUGACAAAAAAGAGCAAAAAGUGGCUUAAAAGUAAGAAAAACUGCACAUCAAAAGUAUUGCACCUCCUGCAAGAAUUUGGUGCAGUCAAGUUACUUUGUUGUAUCUACUUUUGACAUAACCCACUGGUUUGCUCAAAAACAAAAAUCCUUGUUAAUGAAAAAUCGUUGUGUCCAGUUCAGCAUUAAGUACAAUCCUCUCCAUUCAUUUAGAAAUAAAGGAUAUGACAGAGGCACAUUCCCUCCCCUAGAUAAGUUUCCUUUAACUCAAGUGAAGACUGAAUAAAUUGCACAAACCUCAGCAGUCAAUUUAACUCCAUGAGCCUGAGAUUUAGGUGGAAAUGAGAGGGGAAAUCCUGACUUACAGGACAAACCCACCUAACUCACAUGUGUGAGAAAAAUUACCACUGCCUGUAAAACUCCUGCAUGGACGCUCUGGCGAGACAGGAGGUAGCCUAAUUUUGCACUUGUGAGGAAAUGGGAUUGUUUAUCUCUGACGGGUAAACAUUCUGACUUCCUGGUUUUGUUCUGCUGCCGGCGAAGACUGAGAGGAGACUUUUUGGGUGUUAGAAGUGAUACAGCUACAGAGUCUUGGCGGUGUGCGCGCCUAUGCCAGGAACCAAAACAGACACGAGACACUAGAAGAUAGUGGAAAAGUAGUAGUCAGACACAAACACUCUCUUUAACCUUUUUUAUCCAUCAAGUCCGCUUUUCCCUACAUCACAACACAUCAAUGUCUCCAAACUUGUUUAACAGAUUAUUUUGAAGUUUUGUUUUUGGAUAGACAUCCAGCCUUGGAGCAGCUGACUCAGUUUUAUAAUGUUAUAGCCAUAACAAGAAACCAUACAGAGACUGGAACUUGGCACUUCAUCAUAUACAGUACAUUUGCAAGCCAAGGGGUUCAUUUGAAAUAAAUUCCAAGUGACAGGAUGUUCAGUGUAACAAAAAAUAGUGAGACCCUGCCUUCUCACACAGUCUUUCUUCUUUUUUGGCUUUAGAAACCUGCCAACCAUCAUGUCCUGGGUGGAGGCUCAGAAGCCAGGGGUGGACGGGGUCAACAUCAUAACUUCAGACUUUGUGGAACUCACGGACUUUGCCAACAUUGUUAUCAAACUCAACAACCUCUUGUUGUCUGAGCAGGACAGCAAGCCAAGAUGACACAUGUUUGCCCAACAGGACCGCUGUGUGCUGGACACGGGAAAAUAGGAUGGCAGAUUCUGCCACCAUUGCUGGAUAUCAUAAGUCCUGUUGAUUUAUUUUAACAAUGAUAGAAUAUUUUUAAAUGCUGAAUGUAAA